UGGAAUGUGUUUUCAAACUAUUUUGCCUUGAAUCCAGUUAUCAUAAAAGGAUCUGAGAUGCCCCACAUGGAAAUGGACGAAGAUUGGUCAUCGUCCUCAGAUUCGGAUGAGUCUCUUGUUACAGACCGUGAGCUCCAGCAGGCGUUUUCUAAAGGAUCACUAAAGCCAGGCUUAAAUGUUGUGCUAGAGGGACGGCCGAAAAUUAUCAACAAUGUGAAUGGACUGAAGCAGUGCUUAUCUGAGUUCCAGAGGGACUUGGACUGGGUUGAAAGGCUUGAUCUUACCUCUUACCUGCCAACAAACACCACGACUGCACCUUCUAAUCAAACCACUGACAAUGAUGCUGAUGAUCCUGAGGAUGACUUCAAAAGAGAAAUGAGUUUUUACCAUCAAGCCCAAGCAUCUGUCCUAGAGGCCUUACCUCGACUACAUAAGCUGAAAAUACCUACCAGACGUCCUGAUGACUAUUUUGCAGAAAUGGCAAAAUCUGAUCAGCAGAUGCAGAAGAUUAGGCAAAAACUGAAGAGCAAACAAGAAGCGAUGGAGAAGUCUGAAAGGGCUAAACAGCUUCGUGCUCUGCGGAAAUAUGGCAAAAAGGUACAAACUGAGGUUCUGCAGAAGAGGCAAAAAGAGAAGUCCACAAUGUUGAACUCAAUCAAGAAAUACCAAAAAGGUCUUUCUGACAAACUGGACUUCUUAGAGGGUGAGAAGGCAUCAGCUCCUCAAGGAAAAAAACAGGUUGCUGGAGGCAAACCAGUAAAUAAAGGACAAAGUGCAAAACGACGCUACAAAAAUCAGAAGUUUGGUUUUGGUGGAAAGAAGAAAGGGUCGAAGUGGAAUACCAAAGAAAGUCAUAAUGAUGUAUCCAGUUUCCGUGCUAGCAAAGCCCACUACAAGGGGCCUGGGAAAGCAGGAAAAAAGAAUGCCAAUAAGAGGCCUGGCAAAAAAGUGAGGCAGAAAAUGAAGAACCGUUCUCGAUAAAGAGUAAAUUGGAUGAACAUUUUCCCCCUGAAGUCUGAAUUUUUCCAUAAAGUUAUCAGAAUGAAUUCAUGUUUACUUUCACCUGAAAGGCCAUUCAGCUUGCUAUAGAAACAGAAGCUGUUGCAACCUAAUACUGAAUACACCAGUAUUUAUAUCGAAAAGGCUACCUAGAUGCUUCUUGUUGUCAUACUGGUUUGAUCUUUCUAAAGCCUCAUGUAAAAUGGUGGAUUAAAAUAUUUUUACAGA